AUGUGGCGCCCAGAACUGAACUUUGUCAAGUUGCAUUACUUGUACAUCCUCUUGCUCGGCCUCCUCAGCUUUGUGGUCCUGUACCCUGAGGGCAAUAUCAGUGCCAUCGAUGCCUAUUUUAUGGGCGCCAGUGCCUCGACCGUCACAGGUCUAGCCACUGUCGACCUCAAGGAACUGCGGGUCUACCAGCAGCUGUACCUGUACUUUGUGCCCAUGUUCGCGAACCUGGUAUUUAUCAACAUUAUUGUAGUCGUUGUGCGCCUGUUUUGGUUCAAUCGCCACUUGAAAAAGGCUGCUCCAUUCCUUCUGCGACAGCGCCGCCGAAACGGUAACGGCGGCGGUGGUGUGGUCCAGAAAGAGAACGACCCCGAACUUGGUUCAGGGCUCCCGCGGCCAGAAACACCUAGCCCGCAGUCUAGUCCUGAAGCAUCUGGCGGCCCUACACCACCAAGCCCGGCUCGAACGGUUAUCGAGGACACCCUCCCUCGCAUCGAGGAGAGGAGCCGGACAGAGCCUCCGCCCUCCAAGGCACCUCGUCUAGCUCCCCCGCGUGCGGCAGUAGAUGAUGAGAAACUCCCCGAAGAUGAUGAUGAGGAGGAGGGAGAAGACUCUAAGCGGGCAAACCAGCUGGAGCCCAGGAUCACGUUCGACCCGUCUACCGACCACCAUCCCAGACAUGAAGCCACACUUUAUAUCCCUGGCCCCCGUGAUCGCGAUCGAGGAAAGCCACUGGUAGAGCUAAACGGGACAAACGGGGACGGUAGAGAUGACGACGAAAUCGAGACAAUCACUCGAACGUAUUCGACGCCUGGCAGUAAUCUCCGUCGCCGCCGCAGUGCUGGUCUCCGAAUCAGUGAAGCCCGCUCUAUGGAGCGCGUCGCCACCGUAGCCUCGUCCAUGUUCGUUAUUGGCGGUGGUCGAGACCCGCGUAGGGAGCGCCUGGCUACCGCACCGACAAUGGCCGCAGGAGACUUUCCGCAGCUCUCGCGCGAGGUCACCAUUGGUCGUAAUUCCAUGUUCCACAACUUGUCGUCCCAGGAUCGCGAAGAACUCGGUGGCAUCGAGUACAGAAGCUUAAAGUUGCUUCUCAAGAUCAUCUUGACGUACUUCUUUGGUCUACACUUUAUUGGAAUGAUCUGCCUUAUUGGAUGGAUCCAGUAUGCUCCUUCAAAGUACACCGAUCACAUCGAAGAAAGCGGGCAGAACAAGAUCUGGUGGGCCAUAUAUUCCGCUCAAACGAUGGUGGAUAACUUGGGCUUCACCCUUACCCCUGACUCGAUGAUGACCUUCAGCGACGCCCCAGCCCCGAUGCUCAUUAUGAGUGUCCUUGCCCUAGCUGGUCAUACCUUUUACCCUGUGAUCCUCCGAUUCAUUCUCUGGAGCACAUCAAAGCUUCUGCCGGAAGACUCGUCGCUCCACGAGCCACUCUCAUUCCUACUCAAUCACCCGCGUCGGUGUUAUACCCUCCUCUUCCCUAGUGGACCGACCUUGGCACUGUUGGGUAUCUUGGCGCUGCUCAACAUCGUCGAUAUCCUCUUCAUUAUUCUGCUCGAUCUCGAUAACCCAGCCGUGGCUAGUCUCCCUGGUUGGCCUCGCUUCGCUGCCUCUGUUUUUCAGGCUGUCAGCUCCCGGCACACUGGAACGACCAGUUUCAACUUGGCCGCAGUGAACCCCGCUGUGCAAAUGAGCCUUCUGGUCAUGAUGUACGUGUCGGUGUACCCGAUCUCUAUUGCCGUUCGAUCUUCGAACACGUACGAGGAGCGUUCGCUGGGACUUUACGAGCCCAGCAUUCAGCCAGAUGAGCAAAACGGCGGGUCCUACUUUGUCACUCACCUUAGGAACCAGCUGAGUUUUGACUUGUGGUACAUCUGUCUUGGAUUGUUUUGCGUUUGCAUCGCAGAAUCCAAGAGGAUUAUGAACGGCGACGAUCCAGCUUUUACUACGUGGGCUAUUCUAUUUGAAGGUGUUUCAGCAUACUGCAAUGUCGGCCUGAGUCUGGGCUACCCGACCAUAGCAUCAUCGUUCUGCACCGAGUACUCCACGUUUAGCAAGCUCGUCAUAUGCGCCAUGAUGAUCCGUGGACGACACCGAGGCCUGCCGUACGCCCUGGACCGCGCCAUUGUUCUGCCGGACGAGAAGUCGUUGGGGACCGAAGUUGCAACCGAGGAUCACGACCAUGAUGAAUAA